GGCGGAGCAUGUCAGUAGAGGCUCAGACACGGUGAGGGAAGGACGUCGCCCCUUGACCGCUGUCUCUCGCUACACCCAAUUGUUCACAGUUACUAAAUGAACCUAAGAAUACGAUUGACUGAGCGGUGAGAGAGCCUAGAGAAGGAGCGUGACAAGUUGAGGGCGCCACCUGGCGAGUGAAGCUGUAACCCUUGAAGACGACUUUUGGGCAUGACCUUGACAUCACAGAAUUCUUAAAUCUUGGUUGUAAGCAAAGUCUUAUGUCAUCUAUGAUGGCAACAUGACAUAAAGGAGGCGAGCAGCAUCUGAAUGCAUUGGAGAAUCUCCACCAUGCACCGACGCUGCACUAGUGUUACUUGAUGAAGGUUAAAAUGCCUUUCAAGUUGCGGCUAAAGAAAACGAGGCAAUAUAAUGUGUUGUCACGCAACGUACUUGUCAUCAGCGUAGAGUUAUUGGACAAGACCACCUUAGAAUGUACGCUUUCAGCUGACUCAACAGGACAGGACUGUCUUCACAAUGUUUGUCAGAGGCUCUCCCUUCACCAGCCUGAAUUUUUUGGCCUUCGUUACAUGAGCAAAAAGCCAUAUCCAAAAGUACGAUGGGUAGAAUUGGAUCGACCUUUAAAGAAGCAGCUAGACAAGUAUGCUCAGUCUCCAGCUCUGGCUCUUGCUGUCCUGUAUUAUAUCCAUGAUGUGUCCCUGUUGCAAGAUGAUGUUACCAGAUCGCACUACUUUCUGCAAGUUAAGCAAGAUGUGUUGGAGGGCAAACUUCGGUGCAAUCAUGAGCAGGCUGUCCUCCUCGCCUCGUACAGCCUUCAGGCGGAGUUUGGAGACCACCAGCCAGAUCGCCAUACUGCAGAGUACCUCAAGGAUUUUAUGCUCUUUCCUAAGCAGGUGGGAAAUGAUGGGGAAGUGGCAGCUCUACUGGAAGCUGUGGUGUGGCAGUAUUCCUCCCUACAGGGCCUGGCUCAGGCCUUGGCCGAGACUUACUACAUUCUAGAGGCUCAACGCCUUGAUGGGUAUGGACAGGAAACAUUCAUGGCCAGAGAUGAGCGAGGCAGCGAGGUUUAUCUUGGCACAUCUCUCAUGGGCAUUGAUGUUAGACCUGCAGCUGGCCACACCCACAUUUUUUAUAGAUGGAAUGACAUAACAAAUUUAGUCAACAAUAAACGCAACUUUGGUAUUGAAUGUCAACGAACAGAUGAAACUGUCCACUUCACCUUUGAUGAGCCAGAUGCAGCCAAAUAUGUAUGGAAGAUGUGUGUUAAACAGCACACAUUUUAUAAAAGGAACCAGGAGGUGCUGGAGGGAAGCAACAGCACAGACACCCGCAGCUUGGCCAUCCCUGACUUGCAGAGUUCCGUCAUGACUGCGCAGCUUCAUCAUCUUGGUGCUACACAUGAUAUGGUGGACAGUCGUGGUGGGCUGGGAGAGAUGACACUAAGGAGUUCUGGUGAUCCAGCUCUGGCUUCCUUCACAACCACACUACCACAGUUUGACAUGUCUUACAUACAGCAGCCAGGAGAGACCAGCAGUCACUUGGGUCCUGCAGUAGAGUCUUCCAGUUCACAGAUAAUGAAUGACCCGUCUUAUGGGUUGUUGUCACAGUCAGCAUUCUCCCUAAAUGCCUCCCAUCAUCCUCAACAGAACCAGGUUGUCAUAGCAUCUCACAGUCAAGUUUCUCAGCCUUCCGCCUUGCAGCAGCAGUCUCAACAACAGCAGCGUGAUGGAGGUCAGCAAGUGGCUCUCUAUUCUUCCAAUCUUAGUCUUCCAUCAGCUAGAGGGAGCUUUAGACGGAGCCUUCUGCCUCAGUACCGGCCAGCACCAGAUUACGAGACUGCGUUGAUACAGAAGUAUGGACCAGGGGUAAAUCCUGCUAAUGUAAGAGCCACUAUGCUGUAUUCUUCUCAGCCAGAGAUAUCCAACAGUCAUGUCAUGGAAGGAAAUGCACAUGAAUUAUCGCAGCCAGCCGGAGGAGUUAGCAGCUACAGUCACUAUAAGGGCUACACGGACUUGUCCAUACAUCCUGACCCAGCCAUACCCCAGCUGAGCCGAUCAGCUGGAAUACUCAUGCCUGGUCCUCUGCACAAUACAUACAGUAGUCCAGAGUUAGCCACAGGAGCUGGGGAGGUGUUAGAAGGUGGGUCACUGUGCGGUGAUGCAGGGAGAGACCAAGAGCACGAGCUUCUUCACGUCUACAAGCCACCACCUCCAUACCCCUACAAUAAGCCGUCCAGUAACAGCACGCCAGACCUGGCCACAAUCAACCAGGGUGGAAAUAUGAGCCCAGAUUUGGCUUCCAGACGUCGAGCACUCUUGACAGCUUCCUUAGGAUGUCUUGGGUCACCUGAUCUCUCACGCACCUAUGAAAAUUUAGCAGACUUGAGUGAAGCUGUUGAGAGUCUUCGUAAUGAUUUAACAAGAACAACAGAAACGGGCAACACAAUUUAUCAGUCUCUUCAUUCAUUUAGUCACAAUUACUCUUGUAAUGACCUUGAUGCAAUUUAUCAACUUAGUGAUGGACGAGUUGCUGUCGGAGCAAAUCUUAAUCUUAAUCCAGUGUUUACUAAUGACCAGUCUUCCCAACCGUCUCAGCAAAAGCAACAGGGUGCUACACCUCAGUAUACUGCUCCUCCACAUUAUAAUUCACAAUUUACAGCACAGUACACAGAUCCUCAGUACCCUAGUGGAGCGGUACAAGGCUCACAAGAGCCUAUUUAUCAAAAUAUUGCUGCCCUCAGAACUGAUGAAUCUCGUGAACGCACUCGUUCAGCUCCAGAAAUUGAUAAUAACGCAAUGAAUGUAGUUGGAGCAGCACAAGGAAAUCACUUAAUUGGUCAGUUAGGAAGUGAGGAUGUGCAAGGAGGAAGGAGCAGGGCACUCUCGCAGCCAGUUAGACAGUCUGCAAUAGACCCCCAAAUUUAUAUUGAAAACCGUUUGGGAGAGCAACAGCGAGGACCUAUUGAGGCAAUUAACACUGCCAUGGGGCAGAUACCUGUAUUCAGUGCACAACAAGAACUUCGUCAUAACCAUCACCACCAUUUACAGUUACAGCAACAAAUGCAAGCUUUAUCCUUGCAGCAGCAACAGCAAUUACAACAACAGUUACAGCUGCAGCAGCAGAAAGAACAGCAACUUCAGCAACAGAUGCAGAUGCAACAAAAGAAAGAACAGCAACAACUUCAGCAGCUCCAAGCUCAGCAGCAACAGAGUGCUCAGAUUCUUAGUCAGAGCAGUCACCAUCACUUGCAACAGCAACAAAUGCAACACCAAAUGAAUCAGCAAAGACAGCAACAGGUACAGGAACAACAACGUCAACAAAUUCAGGAACAACAUAGACAGCAAGACCAGCAAAGGCAACAACAGGCACAGGAACAACAAAGACAACAGGCACAGGAACAAAGACAACAGCAAAUUCAGGAACAGAGACAGCAGCAACAUCAAAAGCAACUGCAGCAGCAGAUGCAACAACAACAACAACAACAGGCAUCCCAAAAGUUGGCACAGCAGCAACAGUUAAGACAACAGUCCCAAGCAGUGGGAGUAACACAGCAGGUAAAGCAACAAUCUACACAUCAGCGGGAAACAGGUGGGGACACCAGUGCUAUUAAAAACUCUCCAAGAAAAAAAUGGGGAGCACCACCUUCUGGUUCAUUGUUGUUAGCAGGUCAGUCUGAGUCUGUUCUUCCAUCAUCUGUGUCUGCCCAGGACACUCCUACAGUGCAUAAUGCAGGCUUGACAAAGACACGAGAAGCAACUGCAGAUUCUCUAGCAGCACACGACGCAAGCCAGUCAAAAACACGAGAGGCAUCUACAGAUUUCCUCACAGUUCGGGACACUACACAUUUAAGGACUCAAGAAACGUCAACAGAUUCUCACACUGUGCGUGACCUGGGACAAGUUCCCAUGAGAGAGGCUGUGGUUGCUGAUGAUGUGAUUGGAAGCAUUGAUAAUCUACAGGGAGCAGGGACAUCUAACGGGGGAACUCCGGAUGUGCUGAGAGGAGCAACACUUUCUAAAGCAGGACCAAAAGAUCCAAGGUCUCUUCAGCUGGAGGCAAAAUUACUGAGUGGUGAUAUUCUACAGGAGUUUGAGCUUAUUCCACGUAUGAAACCAAAUGCAGACUUCACCACGGCCACUAAACCAGACAAUAUUCCACGUAACCGCUACAAGGAUAUUGUUCCAUAUGAAGAGAACCGAGUAAAGAUUACUCCCACCAAGGACAACAAAUAUGGCUACAUUAAUGCCUCCCAUAUCACUGCAAGUGUUGGAGAGAGCCAGCGGUUCUACAUCUGCUGCCAAGGCCCUCUUGCCAACACAGUUGCACACUUCUGGCAAUGUGUGUGGGAGGCAGAUGUAUAUCUGGUGGUUAUGUUGACUUCCGUUACUGGUGACACAGCUACCAGCAAGAGUUUUCCUUAUUGGCCACAAACAGAUAACACAAGUGUUGAAUGUGGACAGUAUCGAGUGAUGAGGAAGCAUAGCACGGUGAGUGGAUCCCACGUUACCAGUCGGCUGCAGGUAGUUCACGUCCCUGCACGUAAGACGCGCACUAUUUGGCACUUGCAGUUUACAGAUUGGGCUGAUCAUGGAUGUCCAGAAGAUAUUUUGGGAUACAUCAGUUUUCUGGAAGAGCUAUCCACCCUGCGAAGGUAUACUUAUCAAGAGGUUAGAGGUGUUGGACGUAAUCGCAAUACCCCUGUUCUGGUUCACUGUUCAGCAGGUGUGGGUCGCUCUGGUGUCACCAUAUUGUGUGACCUUCUUUUAGAGGCCACAGAUCACAAUCUACCUUUGGAUCCCCCAAAGGUCCUCCUUCACCUGAGGCAGCAGAGGAUGGUGCUCGUUCAGACCAUUGCCCAAUACAAGUUCGUGUAUCAGGUCCUCCUAGCUUAUCUGAAUCGAGCCAGACUUAUUUAGUUACGACAGACUAUUGAAGUUGCAUUUCAGUGAUUGUUAUGAACCUUGUUUCAUAUUGCUAAAGCUGCUUUUGUUUCAGAGACCCAUAUGCCUGAGUGUUGUGUAAGCCAUAUGACUGUGUAUUAAUCUGAAGACACUUUUGUUAUUAAAAUAUAGACACCUCUAAUGGUCCUUUUAAAGUCAGAUAUUUUAAUCCCAGUUAAUGAAAAUGUCAUAAAAAGGGCAAAUACAUGACCAUGUUGGUUAUUAUAUGAAUCUAUGUAACUUAAAGUAUUCAAUACUCUAAAUUUGGUAAGUAUCAAGGAACUAAUAAGCCACAAAAUUUUUUUGACACAAGUCUUGUUUCUAAAAAUAUUUAGUAAAAGACUAGUGAUGUGUGCUUCUGUGUGUGAGAAGUUGCCCCAGUUGGGUGUGUAUUAGUGGAAAGUGAAAUAUUUUUUAAAUUAUAGAAAACAAAUUGUGAAAUUAUGCCAAAUAGUUGUAUAACAUUUUUAUUAUUGACAGUGUUCAAUAAAUGUAAUAGUUUUUUAUAUGUAAUUUUUAUUGUGAUUGUGAAGUACAAAUAUCCUUUGAAAUGUGGUUGAAAAUGCUCGUGAUAUGGAUUAACCAAACUUGGCUGCUUAGCCUUUCAGGCCACAUUAUUCUCCCUUUUACAGCAAUCUAGAUGUAUGCUAAACACUUACAUUUGUUGCCAAAGUAUAUUUUGGUAAAAUAAAGAGAUUACUGUUGAGCUAAAACUAAAAA